UCUAUACAAGGGUGUGUGCCUUAUCCUCUCUCUCUCUCUCUCAGAGACCCAAAAACAAAAAAAAAAUCCCAAAACAAGCAGAGACACCCUCCUCCCUCGAAUCAAAUUACAAAGAAAUGGAGAACAACCAGCAGGCCCAAUCCUCCCCAUACCCACCACAGCAACCCUUUCACCAUCUUCUGCAGCAGCAACAGCAGCAGCUUCAGAUGUUUUGGUCCUACCAACGCCAAGAGAUCGAGCAGGUGAACGACUUCAAGAACCACCAACUGCCUCUGGCCCGCAUCAAGAAGAUUAUGAAGGCGGAUGAGGAUGUGCGGAUGAUCUCGGCGGAGGCCCCAAUCCUCUUCGCCAAGGCCUGCGAGCUCUUCAUUCUGGAGCUGACGAUAAGGUCGUGGUUGCACGCGGAGGAGAACAAGAGGAGGACACUGCAGAAUGAUAUCGCCGCGGCGAUUACUAGGACGGAUAUAUUUGAUUUUUUGGUGGAUAUUGUGCCGAGGGAUGAGAUCAAGGACGAGGGGGGCUUGGGGAUGGUAGGGUCGACGGCCAGUGGGGUGCCGUACUAUUAUCCGCCGAUGGGGCAGCCCGCGCCGGGAGUAAUGAUGGGAAGGCCGGCGGUUCCGGGGGUGGAUCCGGGGGUGUACGUGCAGCCGCCGUCGCAGGCAUGGCAGUCGGUGUGGCAGACGGCAGAGGAUGGGUCGUACGGGAGCGGAGGGAGCAGUGGACAGGGGAAUCUUGAUGGCCAAGGGUGAUGUUGUUUUCGUCUCUCUGUUGUACCAGAAUUGCAAGCACCUUUAAGCAAACGCCCAUUGUGGAUGUUGUGGUGCUUCCCGGCAUGAUGGAAACUAUCGAGCUCGUGGACAGAACUUGGAUUUUCCUUGGCUAUGAAUUGCUCUGUUAUUAUUUGUGAAAACUGGUUGGUUUUUAAUGUAAUGGCUUCAAUUAGAAACUUGUUAAAAACCGUGAUUUGGACCAGUGCAGUGAUAUGACUCAACUAAUCCUAUGUGCAGUUCUAAAUGUAAGGUCCAUGUUUUUCAUUUUAACUGAAUGAUUCUAGUUAUCUGAAUAUAUUCUCAUAUUACUUGUCA